AUGCUCGCUGCUUCACAGGAUAUCGACAAUUUUAUUGAACGUCAACGAUCUCAACUUAACAAACAACCAUCUCGGCAACCCGUAAAUCGACAACUUCCACCUCCACCACAACCAUCAGUUCCACCUAAUAAUGUACAAGAUCGACUUGAUUUUAAAGUUGCUCGAAUUCUCGAUGAACCACCACCUCGUCUGCAAUCUCAACAGCCUUAUUAUCCACCUCCAUCACUACCACCCCCACCACCGUCAUUUCCUCAUAAUUCGAUUCCUGAACAACAAGAAAAUUUCUAUUCUCAACAACGUCGUCUAUCCGAUGGUAAUAAUGAUGAUAAUCCAGUAGCAUUUUUUAAUAAAUUCGGAACCUAUGAUGAUAAACGUUCUCAAUUAAAAGAUGAUUUAAAACGUGAAUAUAAUGAAUAUUUACAAUCAAAAAAGAAUAUACCAAAAAGUAAAUCAACAUCACAAUUAAAUUCAACAAAUCAAAAUACAAAUAAACGUGUACAAUUUCAACAACAACAGCAACAACAGGGUGGGCAAGUUGUUGCACCAUGGGAAAAAAAUGAUAAUAGAACAAUAAAGAAUAGUCAAACAAUGAAUGAUAUACCAUUAGCAUUUACAUCAAAUGAUAAUAUGACAAAUCGUUCACGACCACCAGUAUCACGUAAUUAUGAUGAACGAUAUAUUCGAGAUCGUGAAGAUUAUGUAUCAGAAUUACAUUCACAAAUUCGAGAAUUAGAAAUAAGAAAGAAACAACUUGAAAUAGAAAGCAGUAGAUUAUCAGCUGGUGGCACAUCAAAUGUAGCUCAUGCACAUUAUGCUGAAGAUUUAAAUGCAUUAAAUUCUUUACUUGCAGAACGAUUAGAUCAACGUAAUGCAGUUGAUCUUGAACUUGCUCAUAUACUUAAUCGUCCACCGGUUUCUGCAAGUCCAACACGAAUUAAUUCAAAUGGAAUGUCAAAUUUAAAUAUGCGAACUGAACACUCUCAACAAAUACCACCACAAAACUAUCAACAACAAAAUGGACGACAUAUACAAUCAUAUCGUAAUGAUAAUCGUACAGGAUCAAAUGAUAAUGGUUUUCAAAUUGGCCGUGAAACCGAUAAAGAAUCUGAACAAGCAGCAAAAAAACGUUAUCAACAAGAACUUCAAGCACAAAUGCGUGAAGCACAAAUGCGUAAAGCACAAGAAAAACGAGCUAAAGAAGAAUACGAUCGAAAAUUAGAAGAAGACAUUCAACGUUAUAAUUAUUUUGGACGUAGCGGUGGUGGAGCACCAAUGCGUGAUAAAGAUGGAAAUGUUAUUGCUAAUUUAGCUGAUGUUAGAAAUCCACCACCACCUCAGCCACCCUAUCAACAUCAACAACAACAGCAACAACAACAGUAUUUACCACCUGAUAAUAAAGUUUAUUCAUUAGGUGAUGGAAUGAGCUCCAUGGGAAAUGCACCAUUUUAUAAUGGAGAACAACAACAAUACUCAGCUGAUUCGGAUCGUCCUGGUUCACCAAAUCAUGCACGUGGUGCAGUGAGUAAUGGAAUAUUUGGUACAGCUAAAACUGAAGCACAAGUAUUACGAGAAGAAAAAUAUAAACAAGAAUUAAAAAAACAAAUCGAAGAAAAACGUCAACGAGAAGCCGAUGAAGUAGCUAAACGUCGAGCUGAAGAAGAACGUGAACUUGCUAAACAUUUAGAAUGGCAACAACAAAUGGAAAGACAAACGGCUGAAGAAGCAUUAAGAAAACAAGAAAAAGAACAACAAGAACGUCAACAUCAACAACAAUUACAAGAAGAUCUUGAACGACAAAAAAAACAAGAAGAAAUUGUUAUGAAACGAAAACCAAAACGACAAGAAAAACCAAUGACACCAAAAAGAGAUGAAACUCAUUAUGAUGAUAAUAAUGAUGAUAUUAAUGCUAAUAGACGAGGUAGUUACAGUAACCAACAAACACAACAACAACAACAACAACAACAACAAUCCGAACCUGCCUAUCGAAGUUCAUCACCUCCAGUACCAACAUUAAAAAAUAAAGAUAAAAAACAAAAGUCAACUGUAAAAAAUGUACGACGUCAACAAUCAUAUGAUGAGAUUGUUCAACAACAAUCACCACCACCAUUACCACCGUUCAAUAAUAAUGAUGAAUUUAUUCAAGAACCACCUAUCGAUGAUACAGAUGAACAAAGUCGACAAACAUAUCGAAAACCACCAACACCUCGACAACCAGAUGUAUCAUCAGCACGCAAAAAACCACCACAAACUUUUCGAUCCCGUCCACGUGCAGAUUCAAAUUCUGGUAUGCCAAUGCGUACCAAUUCUACAACAUCUCUUCGAUCAGAUGGUUCUGAUUCUGAAGUUCUUAAUCGUCUCGAACAUUUAAAACGACAAUUAAAAGAUAAAGAAGCACGUCUACAAGAACAUGUUAAUCAUCAUCAAACUCAAGCAAAUUCAUCAUCUAAUAAAAAUGAAUAUUCAAAAACAGCUUAUCAACCACCAACACAACGUAAACCAAGUCCACAAUUUUUAUUUAAUGCAGCACGUGUUCAUCAUCGUGAUUCACCAACAGCAAAUGAUAGAACACGUCGUAUAAUACAAACAGAUGAUGAUAUGGAAUUUAAACCAGGUUAUUUUCGUGAUGAUGCUAUUUUAAUGGGUGGUGGUAAUGAAAAUCUUGGACAAAAUGAUAAUGAUUAUUAUUCAUCAUCAAAACGUAUUGAUUCAGCUAAUCGAAUAUUUCCUACAAAUAUUGAAAAAGAAGCUAGUCGAAGACGAUAUGGUCAUGAUCCAACAGGUUUUUAUGAUCAAGAUGAUCCGACAACAAUAGCAAAUUUUGAAUUAAAUAGAAUUGCUGAACAGAAUGAAGCACGAUUAAAAAAAUUACGUGAUCUUGAAAAUGAUGAUGCAUCUUUAUUAGAUAGUAAUGAAGUACUUGAACGUUUUCAACAAAAACAACGUAUGCAACGUGGUGGCAGUCAAACGACUCUACAGGAUGAUGCUUGGCUCAAAUAA